AUGACGUGUCGGAGACUCCAGAGAGACCGGCCGGAGGCCGCGCGGUUCCUGCCGCCGCCGCCGCCGAGCCAGGAGGCCAAGGCGCUGGAGGCGGGCGCCUUGGAGCCGUCGCAGCUGGCCCGCGCGCGCACACGCGCCACCUGCGCGCAGGUAUCUAUGCGCCUCGGGGCAGAAGAGGCCCUGCGCUGGGGCGGGGAGAUUAUCUGCAACUAAAAUCUCCAGAACGUAGAAACACUGAACGGUGGCAGAAAAUAAAAGUUACCGAGCGCAGUCGAAGAUGGCAUGAGUAACUUGAGUAACUUUGUUCGAUAUAUGAACUCACCGCAAUUUUAUUGAAAAAAGCAAUUAUCUCUGAUCUCCUUUCUUAACCUAGGCGUUUGUAACAUUUGCUGUGAGACGCUGAAUAACAUUAUAUGCAAAUUAAAUAUUUAAAUAAGAAAUACAGUAUGCGGUUUUAAUAAAUGUAAAUGCUUAUUCUAAAAGAUUUUCAAAUAAAUGCAUAUAUUUCAUUUAAU